AUGGCCUCUAACAAACUGGGGGAGGGCAAAUACCUCAAUUUCAACAGUCUGCCGGACGAUGCCAAACAUGAAGAUGGCACCCAGGCGUUGAACAGACAUUCCACUACCAUCACAAGAGGCCAUGACUUUCCAGGAGCUCAGGCAAUGCUAUUCGCAGCCGGUAUCCCUGAUCGAAAUGCCAUGACAAAGAGCCCCCAAGUCGGUAUUGCUUCGGUGUGGUGGGAGGGUAACCCGUGUAACAUGCAUCUGCUGGACCUGGGAAAGACAGUGAAGAAGGCUGUUACGGAUCAGGGCAUGAUCGGGUGGCAGUAUAACACCAUUGGAGUUUCGGAUGCUAUCACAAUGGGAAGUGAAGGGAUGAGAUUUUCUCUUCAAACCCGUGAAAUCAUUGCCGACAGUGUCGAGACUGUGACCUGUGCACAGUACCAUGAUGCUUGUAUCGCUAUUCCCGGAUGCGACAAGAACAUGCCCGGUGUUGUAAUGGGAAUGGCACGCCACAACCGCCCUUCCAUCAUGAUCUACGGCGGAACUAUUCAGAUCGGAUACUCGGAAUUUCUUCGAAAACCCAUCAAUGUCUCUACCUGCUUCGAGGCUGCUGGUGCUUACACCUAUGACACACUGCGCCAACCGGACGAUGGUGGUGAUACCAGCAAGACCAAGGAUGAAAUUAUGGACGACCUUGAGAGACACGCCUGUCCCAGUGCUGGUGCAUGCGGCGGCAUGUUCACGGCUAACACAAUGGCAACGGCAAUCGAAUCAAUGGGUUUGUCAUUGCCCGGAUCGUCUUCGACGCCUGCCUCUUCCCCAUCAAAGAUGCGCGAGUGUGCCAAGGCUGCGGACGCUAUUAGGGUCUGUUUGGAGAAAAACAUCAAACCCCGGGACCUGUUGACGAAACGCUCCUUUGAAAAUGCCCUGAUCAUGACUAUGGCCCUGGGAGGAAGUACCAAUGGUGUUCUCCAUUUCCUUGCUAUGGCUCGGACUGCGGAUGUGGAUCUGACGCUGGAUGACAUUCAGAGAGUCAGCGACAAGAUUCCAUUCAUUGCCGACCUUGCCCCCAGCGGCAAGUACUACAUGGCGGAUCUCUAUGACAUCGGUGGCAUUCCGUCUGUCCAGAAGUUGUUGAUCGCAGCUGGCCUGCUUGACGGCGAUAUUCCGACAAUUACAGGCAAAACACUGGCACAAAACGUCGCAUCCUUCCCGUCUCUGCCGGAUGACCAGGUAAUCAUCCGUCCUUUGAACAACCCCAUCAAGGCUACCGGUCACCUACAAAUUCUUCGCGGAAACCUGGCUCCCGGUGGUGCUGUGGCCAAAAUCACAGGCAAGGAAGGUCUCCGAUUCACGGGUAAGGCAAUGGUAUUUGACAAGGAGUUCGGACUCAAUGAAGCUCUGGACCAGGGCAAGAUUCCCCGGGGUGAAAACCUGGUGAUCAUUGUGCGCUACGAGGGCCCUAAGGGUGGACCGGGAAUGCCAGAGCAGCUCAAGGCUAGUGCAGCACUUAUGGGUGCCAAACUCACAAACGUAGCUCUAAUCACGGAUGGACGGUACUCAGGGGCCAGUCACGGAUUCAUCGUUGGCCACAUUGUGCCCGAGGCCGCGGCAGGGGGGCCGAUUGCCAUUGUUCGGGACGGCGACGUGGUGACCAUCAACGCCGAAAACAAUGAAAUCAGCAUGGACGUAUCGGAUGAGGAAAUCCAACAACGAUUGAGGGGGUGGAAACCCCCAGUGCCACAUGUGACGCGUGGUGUGUUGGCCAAAUAUGCGAGAUUGGUUGGGGACGCAUCUCACGGUGCGAUGACCGAUUUGUUCUAG